AUGAAAAGAAAGUUUAAGAUAGAAGAUAUAGAUGAAUAUCAAACAAAGAGUACUGAUUUAAUAGAAAUAUGUAGAGCGUUAGAGAUAGAUACAAUCACUGCAAAGGAUAUAAAAUCAUAUAUCAUCGAUCAAAUACUUAAUCAUUAUAGUAAAAGUAAUAAUAAUAGUAAUAAUAAUAAUAAUCAAGAUACUGAACAACAACAACAAGAUAACAAGAGAAUAUAUACAGAAGAAGAGUUAUCAAGUUUGAAUAAACAAAGAGUCAUUACAAUAUGUAAAGAUUUAAAGAUAGAAUAUUUAUUGAUUCAAUAUAUAAUGGUGUAUCAAAAGACAGAGGUUACACCAUCAUCAUUGAGUGGUGGAUACUCGUUACCCUGGUCAAUCAUUGCUAGUAUUCUCACACAGGCUUGGAAUGAUGCAAAGUAUUGUACUUGUAUCUAUCCUAAAGAGGUACAAGAUCUACAAGAGGAGGUUAGUAGUAGACUACAUUUAACAAACGCACCCGUGAUCUUUCAAAUUAUCGGUAAACAAUUCAACUCUAAAAUCGGUCAAUAUACAGAUCAAGUCAAAUCCAACAAUCAACGAUGCCCACAACAUGCAAUGUUUUAUAGAGAUGAUUCAUUAAUACCAACAAAUGAUCAAAAGAUGCCAAGAGCAGCAUUUGAACAAUCAGUUUGGAAUCAUAUCAACAACCAAUACAAUGGAAUUAAAGUUGCAAAUAGAAUCUAUAUUCCACAUUCAAAUCAAGUGUAUCUUGAUGCACCACCAUGGUUUAUAAAGUCGAUUGAACACUUAACAUUUGAAGAAAAUGCCCUCGACAAAUGCAAGAGUAAUUCAUUUUUCGACAACCUUUUAAAACUAGUCAACCUCAAAUCAAUUGUGCUCUUGGGUUAUGAUUAUCUUGAAGUCGAAACAUUUAAUCAUCUCACCUCGAUUUCAGUUGAACACCAAUACGACCUUGAUUACAUUGAAGAAUUGGUCGAGUCAUUGGAUCGUCCAAUCACCAAGUUACUCAUGUUUUAUCCGUCAGCCAUAUUAAAAGCAAGAGAUAUUGUACUAGAGUCGGUACAAGUUAUCAGUUUGGAUGUCAAUACAUACAAGGGAUUAUUUCAAAACAACAACAACAACACUAGUCAACAACAACAACAACAACAACAACAGUCACCAAGAAACCUACCAAAUCUAAGACAUGUACACUUUAACCCCAAUACAAUACAAUACAGAGAUGAAAGAGCCAACAAACACAUCACAGACUUUAUUCUACCAGAUACAAUCACUACAGUGUCAGUGGUAAAGUGUGUAGACGUUGGAUCAUUUGGAUUUUUUUCAGACCAUGAUUAUAUUCCCAAAGGAGAGGAGACUAUUUAUGGAGAGUUUUUAGAAAAGAAUCCACACAUCACAAGUCUGCGACUCAAGUUUCAUGAUGGGUUUAGAGCUAUUGGUAAAAUGACUACUUAUCUUAAAAUGUUUGAAACGAUUGGAAAAAUCCCUCCACUUCUCAAACAAUCUAAACUCUCAAGAAUCAUGGUGCAUUCUGAUUAUGCUUUAACAACUAUUCAACAUAAACAACUAAUACAAUCAAACCUAUAUUUUAAUUCAUCAAAGGAUAUAGGUCCAAGACAAAAGACUAGAAAAUUUAUAUUCUAUAGAAAUGGUCAACAAAAUAAUCAAAUCAUUAAUAAUAUUGAAAUAAUUACAACAACAACAAAUAAUAAUAAUAAUAUCACCAAUAAUAAUAAUAAUAAUAAUAUAAUAUUACCAACAUUACCAAAUCAUAUAAUCAAUCAAAUCAUCAAAUUGCUAUGGACUAGUAUGAAUCAAUGUAAUUGUGAUGAUCAUUUGGUUGCUUAUUCAAAGUCUUUAUCAAGUAGCGAUAUUCUACUUGCAAAGACAAAUGGAGAUUUUGAAUCAACCAUUCAAUCAAAUUGUAAAUAUCAUUGUUGGUCGGAUAGAUCUAUUAUGUACCUCCCAUUGUCUUAUUCUGAUAUCCGUCGACACAAUCGUAAUCAUCUCUUUCAGCAAAAUUGUCAACCAUAUCAAAGGCAACAAGAUCUUUUGUAUUUGAACACUACAAAAUAA